ACUACGGACGGCCGGACGGCAGCCGGACCCGAAAUUGCCGGCUUAUGAUUUUCGGCAUCAGGGAUGUUCAAAACAUAUACCCUGUGAAUUUCAGCUCGAUCGGAGCACUUUGAGAAAAUCCGAGGAUUACAAUAGGUGUGAUUAGAAGGAACACACCUAAAAACAGGCAGAAAAUUUUUAGUGGAAAAAAUAUUUUUGUGAUUUUCCUAGUUAAAGAAAAACAAGGGAAAAGGGCAGUUUUUGUGGGCAAUUCAUGAGAAAAUGUGUCAUUUGUUGUGAAGUGGGUAAAGUCUGUGUGUACGUGUAAAUAGUGGGAAAAAAAGUAGGUCCUCAAGAUGGAUGGAAGCAGCAGAUCCAGCAGGAUUCAGGGAAUCCGGGGAUUUUUCCAGUUUGAAGCAUCAGUGAAAUUUAUCUGUCUCAUCAUCAUCUUUGGCUACUGUCUGUCGUACUUUGAGACUGUGGCUGAUGCACUUAUCGUGACUCCGGGGUACUUUUUGCCCCCAGAGAUGCAAAUCUGGACAGCUUUUACAUUCUGCUUCGUGGAGAGGCAUCUGUGGGAGGUGCUGGUGGAUUUUGCCACAGUGGCACUGUGUGGGAAGCUCAUUGAACCACUAUGGGGCUCACUUGAGAUGAUGACGUACUUUGCAGUGACGAAUUUUGGUGUGGUUAUCCUCACGACCACCUACUACCUGUUUCUCUAUGCCUGCACCAAGAAUCCCCUGAUUCUCUUUGAGGUGCACAUCUAUGGUCUAGCUGGGUACAUUGCUGCUGUAUGUGUGGCCGUGCAUCAAAUUAUGCCGGACCAUUUGAUUGCCCGGACACCAAUGGGGAAUUUCACUAAUAGAAAUAUUCCCCUGACUCUCUUCCUGGUGGCUGUGCUUCUGUGGUUAUUGGGUCUACUGGAGGGUAGAUACCCCACAAUGUUUCUGGCUGGUAUCAUCACCUCCUGGAUCUACCUCAGAUUCAUCCAGCGGCAUCGAAAUGGCUCCAGAGGGGAUUACUCGGAGAAUUUUGCAUUUGUCCGAUUCUUCCCGAAUGUUCUACAGCCCAUUGUGAGCGUGGUGGUAAAUCCCAUUUACUACAUGUGCAGAAGAUUGGGAGUUAUUAGGCAUGUACCUGUGCCUCCGGCAACCUCAAACACACUGCCCCUCAGUUCUGUUAGCAUCUCAAUGGGCGGAGUGGAUCCAUAUGAUAUGGAGAGAAGGCGUCAGAUUGCCCUCAAAGCGCUCAACGAGCGCCUGUCCAAGGCAACAGAUUCUAGUCGUAGCAAGGCCCUACCCAAGUCCUUCCCGCAGUCCACAAUAAAGUCCUCCUCACCAGCUGUUUCCAUCAACAUCCCCACCACUACAUCCUCAUCACCCAGUCAGGAGUCCCUCCUCAAGUUCACCCCAGACAAUGAGCAAAAUAAAAAUCAAUUGCCUUAGUGUGAAAA